AUGGCGCCUUGCACGCGGGUGGUGGACAUUGAGGCGACUCCAGAGACGAUCUGGACAUACCUCGCAAACCUCGAGCAGUGGGAUCCCGACAUGAAGGCUGUCCAGGACAUCCAGGGCGGUGGAAUGGCCAAUGGAGGCUCUUUCUUGGCACAGCUCGAAGCGCUCUCGACGAGGAUCCAUUUCCGGGACGUUCAGGUGAAUCGUGAAGCAAAGUGGGGCGGCUCUGCAGCAGGUGGCUGCAUCAUUUUCGACGCCUUCUUCAAGUUGGAUCCUCUUUCGGAGUGUCAAACCCGCUUCACCUACGAGUUCCAGAUGCGGGGCUGCCUGGGCAGCCUCAUCGAUUGCUUGAAGCCACGGGCUGCGAUUGACGGCGUGGAGCAGGGUGCGGCCAACAUCAAGAGCCGCACCGAAGAGCUGCAGCGAGCAGCCAUGUAA